ACGUCUUCAAAGAAGCAGCACAGUGUCAGUUGGACCCAGUCCAUACGCAGAAAGGAUGAAGCUUUUGGUGUUUUUGGCAUUUUGCUUAGCCCUAGUGGCAGGCUCAGUUGACUCGUUAUGGGGCAGGUUGCAGGGAUUGGAUAGAGUUGGAACCGGAUGGACAGGACAAAAAUUGAUGGGCGACACUGGCAUGGAUGAUGAUCUCUACCUCGCCAAAUAUGGAAAACUAUCUGAUGUCGGAAUGCACGAUAAUAUGGGUCCCUAUGGAAUGGGUAUGCACUCCAAUAUGAUGGAUGUUUCAAAUAUGGGCCUGAAUACUCUCGAUAAAGUUCAGACAGUGGACAAUGUAGACAAGAAGCUGCUCAAAUAUGACGAUGACGUGAAACUGAAGAUCCUAGGCGACAAACACUUACUCCUGAAGCAGAAAUUCAUUCUGGAUGUCCUGCUAGAUCUUCAAAAGCCUAUGAUGCUGGACCACAUGAUUGACAAUGUUCACCUUGUUGAUGGAGAGAUUUAUUACAAGAACUUCGACAAAGUCAUCGAUUUCUUCCGGAUGUUGAAAAACAAGGAAGUCAUUCUACCGCGAGGAGUACCAUUCACAGUCACAAACAAACUGCACCGCAAACAGAUGAAACUCCUCUUCCAUCUCUUCUUCUACUCCAAGGACUUUCUCGUCUUCCAAAAGAACGUCCUCUGGGCUCGUAAAUUCAUAAACGAAGAAAUGUUCGUCCAUGCCUUAGUCGCUGCCGUCCUACACCGUGACGAUAUGAUCGGAGUGAAAUUGCCUGCUCUCUACGAAAUCCUUCCGUAUAAAUUCCACACUAGCAUGACCAUCGACAAAGCGCUGAAAUUGAAGGAUGUUGUAAUGGAUAAGAAGGAUCUGAUUAUCUUCAAUAAGUACACCAAAGACUAUAUGAUGAUGAACGAUGAGGGCAAAUUGGCUUAUUUGAUGGAAGAUAUCGGCUGGAAUUUGUACAACUUCUUCUUCCAUAUGGAGUUUGGAGCAUGGAUCGGAGGAAAGGACUUCAACCUUUUCAAGGAACGCCGCGGGGAAAAAUAUUUAUACUUCCUUCAUCAAAUCUUGGCUCGUUACAAUUUGGAGCGUUUAUCCAAUGGUUUGGGUAACAUUAAGGACAUUUCUUUGUGGGAUUACAUUAAGACCGGCUAUAAUCCAAUGAUGAUCCAAAAGAAUGGAUUGCCAGUGACAAUGAGGAAGAACUACUACGAUGUCCGUGAGACAGGCGACUACUUCCUGAUGAAACGUGUUAAUGACUUUGAGCGCAGGAUCCGUGAUGCUAUCGAUAAAGGCGUUUGCACUACCAUUGAUGGUGGGUUGGUUGAUCUAAAGCGCUCAGAUGCGAUCGACAUCCUUGGAAACAUGAUUCAAUGGAAUAUCGACUCGGUCAACUCUAGGUUCUAUGGCUCGCUGCUUGUUGAUAUCUUCAAACUAUUAGGAGGAGGAUACGUUAAAAACGUGGAUGAUUUCAAAUUAACUCCUAGCGUUAUGGACCACUACGAAACUGCCCUUCGUGAUCCAGUAACAUACCAAAUUUACAAGAAGGUCAUGAAGAUGGUUCAUAUGUUCAAGGGCUAUCUACCAGCGUACACGAAAACCGACUUACUUUUGGAUGGAGUCCGCGUAGACAACAUUCGUACAUCAAAAUUCAUGACCUACUUCGAUCUAUUUGAUGUUGACAUUCGCACCAUGAUCAACUUGGAUGACCUCAAAAUGAAGCACAUGGACAUCAGCGAUGACCGCAUUGGUAAAAUGGAUAAAUUCGUCAUCGCCAGACACAUGCGUCUCAAUCAUAAGCCAUUCACUGUGAAUAUCGACCUCACUGUAGACCAACCUCAAAAGGUAGUCAUUAGGAUGUUUUUGGGACCGAAAUUCGACGCUGAUGGCAAAAUCUGGAAGCUGAAAUAUAACCGCGACAAUUUUGUUGAACUGGACAAAUUUACAUAUGAUCUGACCAAUGUAGGAAAGGUUGUCAUUAAGCGAGAUUCACGAGACUUUGUCUACACCGUCAAGGAUCGCACCUCCAUCAUGGAUAUUUACAAGAUGGUUCUGUUGAAUAACGAUGUGAGCAAGCUUAUUGACAUGCACAUUGACGAAGCCAACUGCGGAUUCCCAGAUCGUCUAAUUCUUCCAAAGGGCUGGGUUGGCGGUAUGCCAAUGCAACUCUUCGUUAUUGUGACCAAGGCAAAGGAUAUUGUCAAACGCGACUUAGAUCAUACACUCAUCUGCGGUAAACGAACCCUCAUCAACGAGGUUGACGAUUACGCUCUAGGAUUCCCAUUCGAUCGUCGCAUUGAUGAGACCGAGUUCUACACCAAGAACAUGCUCUUCAAGGAUGUGUUGAUCUUUCACGAUGACGAUGUCAAUAUGAUGCUCAAUAUGAUGGAUGUUCGCGGAAAAAUGAAAGAUGUUGGUGUCAUGAGCAAGACUAUGGGCGUUUGGGACAACCACGAUACACUGAUGGAUACUUCCAACAAGAUGAAUUUGAUGGAUAUGAUGCGAAUGAAAAUGACAAUGGUUUAGAUUAUUAAUUUGAUAUAGUUUGUAACUUUUUCCUUCUUUUAUAGUGAAUAAAUUUAUAUGAGCAUUCCAA